AUGGCAGAAGGUUUAUUAUCGGCAGAUUACAGAGAUGGGCAGAGUUGGGCUUCAAAUGGAUCAGGGAAGUCGAAAAGUCUGCAGAACCUUACAAUGCAGCUGAGGAAGUGUUGUAACCAUCCAUACCUCUUUGUCGGUGAUGAUUAUAACAUGAGACAGAUCGAUGAAAUCACUCGAGCCUCAGGCAAGUUCGAGCUUCUUGAUCGCUUGCUUCCCAAGCUACGUGCCACUGGCCACAGAAUUCUCCUCUUCUCACAGAUGACCAAACUGAUGAACAUCCUCGAGAUCUAUCUGAGGCUUCAUGGUUACAUGUACCUUAGACUCGAUGGCACUACCAAAACUGAGGAAAGAGGGGCUAAGCUGAAGCAAUUCAAUGCUCCAGACUCACCCUACUUCAUGUUCCUUCUCAGCACCCGUGCUGGGGGGCUCGGGUUGAAUCUGCAGACUGCUGACACGGUGAUCAUGUUUGAUAGCGAUUGGAACCCUCAGAUGGACCAGCAGGCGGAGGAUCGUGCUCAUCGUAUCGGGCAAAAGAAGGAGGUUCGCGUUUUUGUGCUGGUGAGCGUUGGUUCGAUCGAGGAGGUGAUCUUGGAGCGAGCGAAGCAGAAGAUGGGAAUCGAUGCGAAGGUUAUCCAAGCGGGACUUUUCAAUACCACAUCCACAGCUGAGGACAGGAGAGAGCUGCUACAGGAGAUAAUGCGGAAAGGAACGAGCGCACUGGGGAACGACGCACCAAGCGAGACCGAAAUCAACCGGCUGGCAGCUCGAUCGAAGGACGAACUCAUACUCUUUGAGGAAAUGGACAGGGAGAGAAAACGAAAGGAGAAUUACAGGGCCCGUCUCAUGGAAGAAAACGAGGUCCCCGAAUGGGCGUACAAGAACAUCGGCAAGGAAGAUAGUAAGCCCAGCAAAGGGUUUGAUCACAAUGCCGUGCUGGGGAAGCGAAAAAGGAAGGAAGUGAUUUACGCCGAUACUUUGACCGAUCAUCAGUUUUCCAAGGCCGUUGAGAAUGGAGAACUUCCAACGGCAAUGCCAGCUCGGCUGCGAAACGAAACUCCUCCGCCACCGAAAUCGGAAGGUAAUCCAGUACUUGUAGGCCAUUCUGGUUCUGCCAUGAAUGAAAGUGCAGCGACGACGAUGAGUGAAGGAACUAGUGAAGAGACCACCACCACCACCGGGUACACUCCGGUAGCGCUGCCGAAAAGAAUUGUAGCUGAUGAUGCGGUAUUCGAGCCACGGAGUGGAAGCAGCAGCGUGAAUUGGAGCGGGCAGAUACUGACUUGGAAUACGCAUAAGAAGAAGAGAUCCAACUAUCCUACUGCUCCGAGUUCAUCGUCCGAUUCAAGGAGCACAGAGUUCCGACGGCAGAGGUAAUGUAAUAAUGGCUGCUGGAUCUGAUGAGAUCCUGAUCAAGGAAAAACAAUUAGGAGGGCAUUGUACGGCAUUGUAUUCAGUGCCGAUUUCCCCCAGUUCCAAGCUCAGCGUCCGAUUGAAAGCUGAAUGUAUUAUUGAAUUCGGGUUAACUGUGUAACAUGACCAUAUUAGCAAGA